CGAAUAACACAUGAAGUAUAUCACUUCACACCACUGAUAGAGCCUGCAAAGGAAGGCGUUACUAGCAAUAACAUAGAGACACUUACGAUUCAUCGAGACUCCGGGCACAUGCAACUAAAUGAAAAUGAACUCUUAAUAUACGGUAUUGUAGGUUUCAUAAACCUGAUCAAAGGCGAAUACUUAAUAGUGAUUACAGGCUGCAAAAAGAUCGGUUCGCUUGUGCAUAAUGCUGAAAUCUAUCGUGCAACGAGCUUUCAAAUUCUCCCUGUCACGCAUGGCUUAUCCAGUUUAUCAAAAGCAGACGGUCGCUUCUUCUGGAAUCAAUAUCUAUGUGAAAAGUUCAUAAACGCGACACUUAGUCAGACCACAAAGCAGGAUUUUAGUGCAUAUAUUCUACCUAUGAUCCAAGGAUUUGUUACAAUCAUUCAAGCGGUGAUUAACAGUCGAGCUGUCACAUUUGCUCUCAUUAGUCGACGGAGCAAAGAGCGUGCUGGAACACGAUAUUUUUCACGUGGAUUGGAUGAGCAUGGAUAUGUUUCGAAUUAUGUAGAGACGGAACAGCUCCUACUAUGUGAUCCAGCUAAAUCCUUAACCCAAGAGAAUUUGAUCCAGGCAUCUCAUAUACAAACGCGUGGCAGUGUUCCAGCUUUUUGGGGCCAAAUUCCAAACACACGAUAUACACCCAAACUUUGGGUAAACAGCAACUUAUUAGAUGAGAAAAUACUACACGCAUCUAAAGCACACUUCGAUCAACAAAUAAAACUCUAUGGCCCGCAGAUAUUAGUUAAUCUUACCAACACAAAGGGUUAUGAAUAUCCGGUAGGGCACGUGUUUUCAGAAAUAAUAAAAGAGUUAUCCGAUCGAAAUUUGAAGUUUAUACACUUUGAUUUUCAUAAAGAGUGCUGCAAGAUGAGAUGGAACAGAGUACAAUUACUGAUAGAUCAACUGGAAUCAGACCUUCGCAAACAAGCGUUUUGUCUGUACGAUGCAACAUAUUCGGCAGGGUCAAAAUUACGGAAAGUGCAAACAUCUGUGGUCCGUACAAACUGUAUGGAUUGCUUAGAUAGAACUAAUGUGGUGCAGAGUACGAUAGCCAGAUGGGUUUUGAAUAAGCAAUUACGCGAGAUCGGUAUUUUACAAUCAACAGAAGUAAUCGAGAAUGAUGAAAAAUUUAUGCACCUAUUCAAAAAUGCUUGGGCAGACAAUGCAGACGGACUCAGUAUUUGUUAUUCAGGGACAGGGGCAUUAAAGACUGAUUUUACCAGAACUGGAAAACACGGCAUUGAUUUGAUACUAGGAAGGUAUAAAGUACCGUUGAAUCACGCGGAAAGCCCGUUCAAGGAGUCUGCCUCAUCCAUCAUUGUGAGAUCGGUGCCAUUAUAUUUGUUGGGCACUUUCAUCGUGUCUUUUCUGCUUCUUUUCAAACCCUCUUUAUUUAGAAUUUCAUCUACAUUGAUUCAAAUUAUUUCACUCUCGUUUACCCUUGCUAUCUCAAUAACUUGCUGGAUGUGUAUCGAACAAAACUCUGCAAAAUUUGUAAAUUGGCCAAAAUUGGUUCCACAUCAAGUAUUACAGGAUAUUGAAACUAGAUUGCCUGAUAAUGUCGGCCAGCAUAAUACAGCUAAACGUUUAGUUCAAAAAUGGACCAGGCGCCGCAGUAGUUCGGCUUUGUUGAACGAAGUAGAACAAGGUUACGAAAUGGCAACAGCCAACUUGAAAAAAACCACUUAG